GUAGUGGUGGGGGUGGAGUUGUGCUCCGGAGUGGGCUCGGCUCGGCUCGGCUCGGCUCGGCUCCGGACAGCCGGGCCAUGGGCCAGGAGCGGGCCCCGAGCGGACAGGAGUGACCCGUCUCUGAAGCGAGCAGGAGCCGCGACGCGGGGUGCGAGGGGUCCCGAGAGGCGGCCGGCGGCGCGGGGCGGCCGCUCCCCGCCGGCACCAUGCCCAUCCUGAAGCAGCUCGUCUCCAACUCGGCGCACUCGAAGCGGCGCUCGCGGGCCGACCUGACGGCCGAGAUGAUCAGCGCGCCGCUGGGGGACUUUCGGCACACCAUGCACGUGGGCCGGGCCGGGGACGCCUUCGGGGACACCUCCUUCCUCAACAGCAAGGCGGGCGAGCCGGGGCCGGAGGCCGCCGAGGAGCCGGGCGCCUCCAAGCCGGGGCUGCUGUCGCGCCGCUUCCGCAGCAGCAAGCGCUCGCAGUCGGUGACGCGGGGCGACCGGCGCGACAUGCUGGGCUCGCUGCGGGACUCGGCGCUCUUCGUGAAGAACGCCGUCUCCCUGCCGCAGCUCAACGAGAAGGAGGCGGACCGCGGCGCCGCGCAGCUCCCCAAGAGCCUCUCCUCCAGCCCCGUCAAGAAGACGCCGGAGGAGGCGAGCCCGGAGGAGCCGCGGCGCCCCAACGGGGCGGCCGCCGGCCCGCGCAGCCCCGGCUUGGACGAGCGCGACUUUGGGGACAUCGCGGAGCUGCCCGUGGUGGCGGCGGCCAGGAGCGGGGCGGGCAUGAAGCACGCCGAGUCCAUCAUGUCCUUCCACAUCGACCUGGGGCCCUCCAUGCUCGGCGACGUCCUCGGUGUCAUGGAUAAGGAGCAGUGGGAGCAGGGCGACGACUCCGACCCGGAGCCGGAGAGCGCUGGGGCUGCGGAGGGCCGGGCGCCGGCGGGCUCCCCGGCGGCCCGCGGCACCAGGGACAGCGCUCCGGCGGGCGGCUGCGCCCCGGAGCGCGGCCGCGGCCCCCCGAAGCGCCCCGACGGGGAGUUCUCCUUCGCCGACGACGACGAGGAGGAGGAGGAGAUCAGGGUGUGAGGCGGGAGGGGCGCGCCGGUGCUGCCGGGCUCGGCGGUGCGCGCCGGGGCCCGAGCGUGCCGGGCGGCCGCGGCUCCCCGGCCCUGCUGCGGCGCGUCCUGCUGCGGCACGGCCGGCUCGGUCUCGGCUCUUUGUGUUGGACUCUGGAUGUUAGCGCAGUUUUGGUUUUUCUUUCCUCCCCGCUGUAGAGCAAUGUAGAAUCAAACAGGACGAGGCUUCAACGUUUUAGCUCCUUUAGUAAUAUAUAUAUAUUUUUUUUCCCCUUCACCCGUACAAUUUUUAUUGGUCUCUGAUUUGUACUUAACUCUCUUUGCUUUUCGUUUUAACCAAGGGGGGGUUUCCUCCGAGGAAGGACUCGGCUCCGGAGCUCGGGGAGCUGCGCGUGGCGGAGGGCGC